CGCUUGGCAGCUACUCACUGCGAGCGGGGAGUUACAGGUCCAAAAGUGGGGAACUAAAAAUAUUUUUUUAAAAAGAUGAAGGCGGACGUCGAGCGACUCCUCAUCCAGUUCAAGGAUGAAGCCGGCCACGUCCUGGGGUCCCCCUUUGACGUCCCCGUUGAUAUCACACCAGAGAAGCUGCAGCUCAUUUGCAAUGCCCUCUUGGAGAAGGAGGAGCCUCUCCCUUUGGCCUUCUACGUACAAGAUGCUGAAAUCGUGGCCUCCCUGGAUAAGACGCUGGCCGGGCAAGCCCUGGAGACGGAGCGGGUGGUGGAAAUUGUCUACCAGCCGCAGGCCGUCUUCAAGGUGCGGGCCGUGACCCGCUGCACCAGCUCCCUGGAGGGGCACAGCGAAGCUGUCAUCUCGGUGGCCUUCAGCCCCACAGGGAAAUACCUAGCCAGCGGCUCCGGCGACACAACGGUGCGUUUCUGGGACCUCAGCACAGAGACUCCGCACUUCACAGCCAAAGGUCACCGCCAUUGGGUGCUCAGCAUCGCUUGGUCCCCCGACGGCAGGAAGCUGGCAUCCGGGUGCAAGAACAGCCAGAUAUUCCUCUGGGAUCCGAACACGGGAAAUCCGCUCGGACGGGUGCUCGUGGGACAUUCCAAGUGGAUCACCGCCCUCUGUUGGGAGCCUCUGCAUUUGAACCCGGAGUGCCGCUACCUGGCCAGCUCCUCCAAAGACGGCAGCGUUCGCAUCUGGGACACGGCCGCCGGUCGGUGCGACAAAAUCCUGACCGGCCACACGCAGUCCGUCACUUGCAUCAAGUGGGGAGGAGAUGGCCUGCUCUACUCCUCCUCCCAGGAUCGGACCAUCAAGGUCUGGAGGGCGCAAGAUGGAGUCCUCUGCCGCACGCUUCAGGGCCAUGCGCACUGGGUGAACACCAUGGCUCUCAGCACGGACUACGUUCUCCGCACGGGGGCGUUUGAGCCGGCCGAGGCCUCCAUCAACCCCCAGGACGUGAGCGGAUCACUGGCAGACAUCAAACAAAAGGCAUUGCUGCGAUACAACCAAGUCCGGGGCCAAGGGCCGGAGAGGCUGGUCUCCGGGUCGGACGACUUCACGCUGUUUCUGUGGGCGCCUGCCGAGGACAAGAAGGCGCUGGAGAGAAUGACGGGGCACCAGGCGCUGAUCAAUCAAGUUCUGUUUUCGCCGGAUACGCGUAUCAUCGCCAGCGCGUCCUUCGACAAAUCCAUUAAGCUGUGGGACGGAAAGACCGGGAAGUACCUCACCUCCCUGCGAGGCCAUGUCUCCGCCGUGUACCAGAUCGCGUGGUCGGCCGACAGCCGCCUGUUGGUCAGCGGUAGCAGUGACAGCACCCUCAAGGUGUGGGAUGCCAAGACGCAGAAACUGGCCAUUGAUCUGCCCGGCCACGCGGACGAGGUGUUUGCGGUGGACUGGAGUCCUGACGGUCAGCGAGUUGCAAGUGGAGGGAAAGAUAAAUGCCUGAGGAUAUGGAGGCGAUAGCUGCAAGGGAAGACCGUCGAAACAAAGUUGAUCUGCUGUGGGAUUCUCCUCGUGGCGGGCUACGACUUA